UAUAUUAAUCUUUUUCAGACUAUAGUAAACAAGUAGUUUGUUAAUUUGUUUUUGUAUUUUGCUUUUUCUUGUUACUUGUUGACGCAGUGCACGGUGUACCUGACAUAUUACCUAAAUAUAUAUAUUUUCUCAUGUGUUGUUAGUUGUUUAGUGGUUUUAACGUUCCUUAUUCAUUUUUAUACUUUAUUAUUUAUUUCCAUUUAACGAAUUUCAAUAACAUUUUGAAACUAUAUAAACUUUAAGACUUUAUACUUUUGUUAAUCUUAAAGGAAAAAUGAAUAUUCCCAACGAACUGCCUAUUAUUUAUACAACAAAAGUUCUGAUUCCCGGUUAUAUUUUGAAAAUUCGAUUACAAGUUGAAAACUACUCUAAUUUAUUGAAUUAUCUUCAAACAAAUUGUGAUUCAAAAUCAAUACAUAUUGGUAUAAUACCAGAAUCAGAUUCUGAUAAGGCUGAAAAUAUAAUUGGAACAGUUGGUCAGGUUCUAAGUAUAAUUAAAGUUGAUUCUGUUCCUGAAGAUUUUGUUUUGGUCACGGAAGGAAUAUGUCGUUUUAAAUUGGAUGAGACAAUUUCUGAAGAGCCAUUACAAAUUAAUAAAAUCAUUACAAUUGAAAAUUUUAAAAUUCUUCAAGGUGACGAAAAGACAAUACAUGAACUCAACACUGAGUUUAGUAAAGUGGUGAAUGACUUUUUAACAUAUUCUGAACCAAGCGUAUUUGCAAGAGAUACCCUGAAGAUAUUAUUUAAUAAAACUCCCUUGUAUCAAACAAUAGAUUUUUUACUGAAAACUUUUGUACGUUUAACUCCAGCUGAUGCCUAUGAAAUUCUUAGAGCUACAAGCUUAAACAAUCUAUUGAGAUUUGUUAUAAAUUGGUUAAAGCGAGAAACAAUUAAUGAGCACAAAUGUUCAAAAUCUGAAAAAACCGGUUUAGUUCCAGUCCCUUCGACACUUCUUAAUGGUAUUGGUGCGAAUAGGAGUAUUUUUCUUAAGAAACCAAUUUCACAAGAACUAGAUCAAAUACAAUUAGCAAUUAAAGAUUCUGGAAUGCCAACAUCAAUCCAUAAAAUGAUUAUGAAAGAAUUUAAAAGACUUUGUGAAAUGAAUACUAGCAAUCCUGAUUAUUCUGUAUCUAUAAAUUAUAUCAGUUAUGUUGCUAAUUUACCAUGGAACAAACGUACAAAUGAAACUUUAGAUUUGGAAAAAGCUAAAAAUGUAUUGAAAUCAAACCAUUAUGGCAUGGAAAAGGUGAAAAAUAGAAUACUGCAAUUCAUUGCUGUAAAGAUAUUGAACCCAGAUCGACGAGGACCUAUACUUUGUUUUAUUGGACCACCCGGUGUUGGAAAGACAUCUAUCGCUAAAGCUAUUGCCAGUUCAUUAAAUCGAACUUUUAAAAGAAUAUCACUAGGUGGUAUAAACAGCUAUUCAGAUAUUAAAGGACACAGAAGAACAUAUGUCGGAGCUAUGCCUGGUUGUAUAAUUCAAGCAGUUAAUCAAGCAAAAACUAACAAUCCUAUUAUUUUAUUGGACGAAAUUGAUAAGAUGUAUAAAGGUUCAAGUGGUGAUCCCGCUGCAGCAUUAUUAGAAGUUUUAGAUCCUGAACAAAAUAACUCAUUUGUUGAUUCAUAUAUUAACUUGCCCUUUGAUGUCAGUCAAGUUAUGUUUAUUUCAACAGCCAAUAGUGCUGCUGAUAUACCACAGACAUUGCGUGAUCGAAUGGAAAUAAUUUAUUUGGAAGGAUACACACAAGAAGAAAAAAUGCAAAUUGCAGAAAUUUAUUUGAUUCCCAAGAUACUUAAAGAUCAUAAUAUGAAUGAAUUACAGAUAUUUAUUUGCAAAAAUACUAUAAAAGAUAUAAUUCAAAAAUAUACUAAAGAAUCUGGUGUACGAGAAUUGCAGCGUAAACUUGAAGUUAUUUGUCAUUAUAUUGCUGUAGACAUAGUUGAGAAUGGUGAUAAAAUAUUAAAAAACUAUGUGAUCACGCCAGAAUUAUUAUUGAAUAUUCUUGAUAGUGAAUUAUAUAAUGUGAAAAAUGCACUGGUAGAAGAAAGUUGUAAUAGAAUAGGUGUUGCCAUAGGAAUGGCAUGGUCCCCAGUCGGUGGGAAGGUUCAAAUUAUUGAAGCAACUAAAUUGUACUCGAGUAAUGUGAAAAAUCGGCUAGUCCUGACUGGUUUAGCUGGCCAGACUCUAAAAGAAUCAGUUUUAAUAGCAAAGCAUUGGAUACAAUCGUUUGUAAAAAAAAAUGAAGUAAACAUCGACGAUUUCUGUGUUCAUGUUCACUUACCUACAGGGGGAAUUCCAAAAGAUGGACCUUCUGCUGGCAUUACAAUUGUUUGUGCAUUAAUCUCUCUUUUCUGGAAAAUACCUUUGAGGCCAAUGAUUGCCAUGACAGGAGAAAUAUCAUUGAAUGGAUAUGUAUUGCCUGUGGGUGGUGUGAAAGAAAAAAUUUCAGCGGCCUACAACUCAAAUAUUAGAACUGUCAUCAUACCUGACCCUAACAUGAAAGAUUUAAAAACAAUACCUAACAAUAUCAGAGAGGAUUUAAAUAUUAUCCCAGUGAAACAUUUAGAGGAAGUAUUGGAUAUUGUUAUUCCUGGAGGAUUGGCAACACUAAAAAAUCCAUCAUUUACAACGAUGGAAAUAUGUAAACUUUAGUCCAAGAGUUACUUAACUAUUAUUCAUUAUUUUUAUUAUUUUAAUCAAUACUAUGUGGCAUAAGUUGUGUCAAAUUUUAAGGUUUGAAAAAUAUCUCAGGUAUGCGGAGGGCUUUGUCCGCCCCAUCCCACGGCUCAAUAAGUUUUACCACUUAAAACCCCAGUAUAUUUUAGGGGUCGCAAGUGCAAACCCUUGUGACCUCCAGCUUAUGCCACAGAUGUAUUAUAUAAGAAAAAUGUUUUAGUAUUAAUAAAUUACUUAAUUAAAACAAUUGAAUGGACUAUUAUAAAAUAAUCAUCAGGUAGUUAUUGCCGAUGUUUAAUAAAUAAAAAAUUUUACUUUUUGGAAUUUUAA